AAAACAAACAGCGGCGGCGAUGGCGGCGGCGGUACCGAGCAGGCCGCGGCUCUGAGGACAGCGGGCAGCCAGACACCACCCCCCCUCCCGCCACCCCCGCGUCCCCACAGGCGCUGACAGCCGCGGCCCAGCCGGCAGCGAGACCGGGAGGGAGGAGGAAGAGGAGGAGGCGGAGGGGCGCUGGCCGGAGCCCCAAGGCGGCCGCGGGGCCCCUGGAGCUUGAAGAGCGGGGCCUUGGGGACCUCCUCGGUCGGGGCGCUGAGGAGACGGCGGGGGAGCGGGGCGGCGGGCCCCCCCUCGGGCAAGCGGGCCUCGGCGCGGGAUGAGCCGCCGCGCCGCCAGCUCUGCCGCCCCCGCGCAGAUUGCCAUAUGCAAUGGACACUGAUCUCAGUUCCCAGGACAGGAAGGACCUGGACAAGUUCAUCAAAUUUUUUGCUUUAAAGACGGUACAAGUAAUUGUCCAGGCCCGACUUGGAGAGAAAAUCUGUACCCGAUCAUCAUCCUCCCCAACAGGCUCUGACUGGUUCAAUUUGGCAAUCAAAGAUAUACCAGAGGUUACUCAUGAAGCAAAGAAAGCCCUGGCAGGACAGCUGCCUGCUGUUGGACGGUCUAUGUGCGUGGAGAUCUCUCUCAAAACCUCAGAGGGGGACUCCAUGGAGCUGGAAAUUUGGUGUCUAGAAAUGAAUGAAAAAUGUGACAAAGAAAUCAAGGUUUCGUACACCGUAUACAACAGGCUGUCUCUACUGCUGAAGUCUUUGCUUGCUAUAACCAGGGUAACUCCAGCCUACAGACUCUCAAGGAAACAAGGCCAUGAAUAUGUAAUAUUGUACAGGAUAUAUUUUGGUGAAGUGCAACUGAGCGGCUUGGGAGAAGGUUUCCAGACAGUCCGUGUUGGGACAGUGGGUACCCCAGUGGGCACCAUCACUCUGUCUUGUGCCUACAGAAUCAACCUUGCUUUCAUGUCAACCAGGCAGUUUGAGAGGACCCCUCCUAUCAUGGGGAUUAUCAUUGACCACUUUGUGGACCGUCCCUAUCCCAGCUCUUCGCCCAUGCAUCCCUGCAAUUACAGAGCUGGCGAGGACAAUGGUGCAGUCUACCCCUCCGUAGAAGAUUCCCAAGAAGUGUGUACCACGUCUUUUUCCACCUCUCCUCCAUCUCAGCUGAUCGGUCCAGGCAAAGAUGGGGGAGUUCCCCCAGUUCCCAGCCAGCCAGCACAUGGCACUCAAGCUGACCAAGAAAGGAUGUGCACCCCACUGGAUGGAGUCCACUACUCAGCAGCUACUCCUUCUAGUAGUGAGGACACAGAAACGGUAUCCAACAGCAGCGAAGGGAAGUGUGGCUCCCCACAUGACCUUCUGGAGACCAUCUUUAUCCGGAAGGUGGGAGCUUUUGUCAACAAACCCAUUAACCAGGUGACCAUGGCCAACUUAGACAUUCCUUUUGCCAUGUUUGCUCCCAAGAAUGUUGAGCUGGAAGAUAACGACCCCAUGGUCAAUCCUCCUGACUCCCCAGAAACUGAAUCUCCUCUCCAAGGCAGCUUACACUCGGAGGGCUCCAGUGGCAGCAGCACAGGGAACACCCACGAUGACUUUGUUAUGAUUGACUUUAAACCAGCAUUUUCAAAAGAUGACAUUCUUCCAAUGGACCUGGGGACUUUUUACCGUGAGUUUCAGAACCCCCCUCAACUCAGCAGCCUCUCCAUCGACAUUGGAGCGCAGUCCAUGGCAGAGGAUUUGGACUCGUUACCAGAGAAGCUGGCAGUCCACGAGAAAAACGUCAAAGAGUUUGAUGCCUUUGUAGAAACCUUGCAGUGAAGCUGGUUUCCUGCAGCAGUUCUUCCUCCUCAAGGCAUCCUGGAGAAUGACCUCAAUGAGUAUCUCUGUCGCCCCUGCUCUGCCUUUCGUCUCACCUCGACUAGUCCCUUCCAUCCAGUGAGCUUUCAUCGAUUGCUGUCCUCAGCAGCAGACACAGCUCAUCUGCUGGUUCUCCUCAACUGACACCACCGCCUAGUUCUGGGCUGCUUUUUCCUGCUCACGCUCAGUUUCAAAUUCAAGACUCCAGUAGCUUCAGGGGAAGCCAAACUCCAACGAAUGAACCUUAUUUUCUCUUGGGUCUCCGUUCUGCGUGGAGGGGCUUUGUCAAAAGUUGCCACACGCUUCCUCCAGAGGUCCUACUGUUGGUUCCCCACCUGUAGCUCUUGCUAACGAGACCUUUUUUUUGUUUUUCCUACGGUCCGUGAUCCUGUUAAGAGCGUAGAAAGCUUUGGCUCAUUUCCAAAGGCCUGUGAGUUCAGCAGAUUCAACAAGGUUUUUUUGUUGGUUGUUUUUUUUUAAGUCUGGGACAUCCAUUCUGCAGAACGGGGGCGUUUCAUCCUGACUUGAGCGUGAGUGCCUGGAGGGGAUAUCAGCUUCGGGGACCCCGUGUCAUACAAGUUACCUUUUGUUCUCCUGCUUCUUAAGGAGCUGGGUCUCUACGGUCAUUUUUUUUGCACGAGGCCAUCGUUAAGGGGGAAUGAAACCACCCAGAAGUGCUCUCCAUCCCUUCCUUCCCCAGCGUACUGACCCCGGGCCGUGCCGGAUUUGGCGGCGUUGCCGGUCGGCCAGCCCGCACGCAGCAGCUGUCACCGUGCUGAAUUCAUUAAUCUCUGCUUUGGAAAUGUAACUGUAAAUACUAGGAAUCCUAUUUCUUUAGGGUUAUGUAACUAGGAGUCAGUCUUAGCCCCAGAUUUCUUUUCCUCUAACCCUCGCCGACCUUCCCGCUUUCUGGUUAAUAGAUGAUCUUAAGAAUCGAGAAAUA